GCAAUUAUGAAAUAAAUAUUGGAUCUUCAGAAGCUUAUAGCUUUUCGACAUACUAUGCAUUAGAACCCAGAAGCAUCAUUAAAGGAAGUCCAAACUCAAAAGCGUGUAAGAGAAUUCUUGCUUGGCUUAAACGUUCAAGAGGAUGUCAUUAAAGUGUGCGGAACAACAGGAUUAAUUGUUGAUUUGAGUGGAGCUGCAGAAAAGGCUGGAGAUGAUAGGUUAAUCGCAUUCCGAGCUGAUAUUGAUGCCCUAGUAUUGAAUGAAGCCAAUGAGCAUCUCCCGUAUAGAAGUACAAAUGGAUGUGCUCAUAUGUGUGGUCAUGAUGGUCAUACAACUUGUCUUUUGGCAUUUGCAUAGAUCUUCUAACAUUAUAAAGACACCAUUCCUAAAAAUAAAACAGUGAGACUGUUGUUUUAACCUGCAGAAGAAGAUUACGGAGGAUCUGUAGAUAUGAUACGUGAUGGAUGUUUAGAUAAUGUGUAAGAAGUUUAUGGAUUUCAUUAAUGGCCCACAGCUAAGAUUGGUUAAGUAUGGUGCAAGGAAGGAUCAAUGAUGUCCCAACCAAUUCAGAUGCAAUUUGAUUUUUAGGGAAAAGGUGGUCAUGCAUCUGAACCCCAUAAAUUUAAUAACCCUGUGCAAUGUGCAGCUGAAUAUCUCUACACCAUUCAUAAUUAAUUAAGUCAGGAGAAGGGACAAUUCACCUUUGCAUGGACAUGCUUCAAUGGUGGAACAGCUUUCAAUGUCAUUCCAGAUACAGCCUCAGUUAAAGGAAUGAUUCGUUCAUUGGAAGCUGGUCUUGGUGAUAGAUUAUUUAAUGAUGUAUAUAUAUUUCUUAUUAUUAUUAGUGUUGUAGUGUUGCUGAAAAGACUUGUUAAAAAUAUGGAUGCUCUGUAAAAGUUUAGAGAUAAGCCGAAAAUUAUCCUUUGACCGCCAAUCAUCCAAAAGAAGCCUAACAUAUAUUAAGACUUGGUGAUAAGUACUUUGGUGCUGGCAAUGCAAACGCUGGUCCUUGUCCUGUUUAUGCCUCUGAAGAUUUUGGAAAUUAUACUCUUAGAGUACCUGGAGCUUUCUUCUUUUUGAGUUCAGGAAAAAAGUAUUAUAUUCCAAUCAUUUUAAUUAGUGAUACAAAUAAUCCUAUGUUGCAUCAAUCGAACUUUGAUUUUAAUGAUGAUCUUAUUGAAUUGGGAGCUGGAUUUUGGUGGGAGAUUGCCAAAGAUCGUCUAUUAUUAUGA